AAGAUGCAGUGGACGCCGGAGCAUGCCCAGUGGCCAGAACAGCACUUUGAUAUCACCUCAACCACUCGGUCUCCCGCCCACAAAGUUGAAGCCUACCGAGGUCAUUUGCAGCGCACCUAUCAGUACGCCUGGGCGAAUGAUGACAUAUCUGCUCUGACUGCAUCCAACCUACUAAAGAAAUAUGCAGAGAAGUAUUCUGGCAUUUUGGAAGGUCCUGUGGACCGACCCGUACUCAGCAACUAUUCAGAUGCACCAUCAGGACUAGUGAACGGUCGGAAAAAUGAAAGCGAACCCUGGCAGCCUUCCUUGAAUUCAGAAGCUGUUUAUCCUAUGAACUGUGUUCCCGACGUUAUCACGGCCAGCAAAGCUGGAGUCAGUUCAGCCCUCCCUCCAGCAGAUGUCUCUGCAAGUAUAGGGAGCUCUCCCGGGGUAGCCAGCAACCUGACAGAACCUAGCUAUUCAAGUAGCACCUGUGGAAGCCACAGUGUACCCAGUCUUCACGCAGGGCUCCCAUCUCAGGAAUAUGCCCCGGGAUACAACGGAUCGUAUUUGCAUUCUACUUACAGCAGCCAGCCAGCACCUGCACUUCCUUCACCUCAUCCAUCUCCUUUGCAUAGCUCUGGGCUCCUGCAGCCACCGCCGCCACCUCCGCCGCCACCAGCCCUGGUCCCAGGCUACAAUGGGACUUCUAACCUCUCCAGUUACAGCUACCCCUCCGCUAGCUAUCCUCCUCAGACUGCUGUGGGGUCUGGAUACAGCCCUGGAGGCGCACCCCCUCCUCCUUCUGCAUACCUGCCUUCAGGAAUUCCUGCUCCCACCCCGCUGCCCCCCACCACUGUUCCUGGCUACACCUACCAGGGCCAUGGUUUGACGCCUAUUGCACCAUCGGCUCUGACAAACAGUUCGGCAAGUUCUCUCAAAAGGAAAGCUUUCUAUAUGGCAGGGCAAGGAGAUAUGGACUCCAGUUAUGGAAAUUACAGCUAUGGCCAACAGAGAUCUACACAGAGUCCUAUGUACAGAAUGCCCGACAACAGCAUUUCAAAUACAAAUCGAGGGAAUGGCUUUGACAGAAGUGCUGAAACAUCAUCCUUAGCAUUUAAGCCAACAAAGCAGCUAAUGUCCUCUGAACAGCAAAGGAAAUUCAGCAGCCAGUCCAGUCGGGCUCUGACCCCUCCUUCCUACAGUACUGCUAAAAAUUCAUUGGGAUCAAGAUCCAGUGAAUCCUUUGGGAAGUACACGUCGCCAGUAAUGAGUGAGCAUGGGGACGAGCACAGGCAGCUCCUCUCUCACCCAAUGCAAGGCCCUGGACUCCGUGCAGCUACCUCAUCCAACCACUCUGUGGACGAGCAACUGAAGAAUACUGACACGCACCUCAUUGACCUGGUAACCAAUGAGAUUAUCACCCAAGGACCUCCAGUGGACUGGAAUGACAUUGCUGGUCUCGACCUGGUGAAGGCUGUCAUUAAAGAGGAGGUUUUAUGGCCAGUGCUGAGGUCAGAUGCAUUCAGUGGACUGACGGCCUUACCUCGAAGCAUCCUUUUAUUUGGACCUCGGGGAACAGGCAAAACAUUAUUGGGCCGAUGCAUAGCUAGUCAGCUGGGGGCCACAUUUUUCAAAAUUGCCAGUUCUGGACUAGUCGCCAAGUGGUUAGGAGAAGCAGAGAAAAUCAUCCAUGCCUCUUUUCUUGUGGCCAGGUGUCGCCAGCCCUCAGUGAUUUUCGUUAGUGACAUUGACAUGCUUCUCUCCUCCCAAGUAAGCGAGGAGCACAGUCCAGUCAGUCGGAUGAGAACCGAAUUUCUGAUGCAGCUGGACACUGUACUAACUUCAGCUGAGGACCAAAUCGUAGUAAUUUGUGCCACCAGUAAACCAGAAGAAAUAGAUGAAUCUCUUCGGAGGUACUUCAUGAAACGACUUUUAAUCCCACUUCCCGACAGCACAGCGAGGCACCAGAUAAUAGUACAACUGCUCUCACAGCACAAUUACUGUCUCAAUGACAAGGAGUUUGCACUGCUCGUCCAGCGCACAGAAGGCUUUUCUGGACUCGACGUGGCUCAUUUGUGUCAGGAAGCAGCAGUGGGCCCCCUCCAUGCCAUGCCAGCCACAGACCUUUCAGCCAUUAUGCCCAGCCAGUUGCGGCCCGUUACAUAUCAAGACUUUGAAAAUGCUUUCUGCAAGAUUCAGCCUAGCAUAUCUCAAAAAGAGCUUGAUAUGUAUGUUGAAUGGAACAAAAUGUUUGGUUGCAGUCAGUGAUAACUUCUUUAGGAAAAAAAAAUGUAAUGAAUGUUGGCACACACACAUAAAACCUGCUACAUAGGGAAUAGAGCCCCUUUCCAGUAGUGUUUGAAUUGCAAAGGGUACUGGGGAAGACGCCGAUUAAAGUUGCAUCUUUAGAGUCAGGGUAGAUUUGGAGGAAAAGUGCAUCAAAUGAGAGCUUCUGAUUUGAAAGCCCCAGAUGACAGAAAGCAUAUGUGGAUGCUCAGUUCGGUUCAAGCUAGACAACACUCACCAAGGAGCAAGGUGCAAGUGUGUUGAUUUCAGAAGGACAUGAACCUCGUGUGUUGAUUCCAUUCUGCUGUUCUCGAGAUUUAGUUGCUGUCAAGUGCCUGGAGUGGUGCUUUAUUUUUUGUUUGCCUCACAAUUACAUUGGUGGCAUGUGCUAAUAUAAAGAGCUUUAACUUCAAACAUUAUUGGACUAAAGAGAUGAACAGUUGUGUUAUGACAGAAAACCAGAUUUUUGCCAUUUUAAGAGCAACAGUAUUCCUCAAUCCUGUCUGUUCUGCAGUAUUAAGCUAAGAACAGGUAAAACAGGGUAACGGUAAUCUGGACCUUAAUUUCUGCAGUUCAUUUCUUUUAAUGUUCUUGUCUGCAAAAACUCAGGAAAGUGAUUGUGAUUUGUACAGUACCUCAAAGGAAUGUGUUGAAAGCACUAUGUACUGCUGAGAGUAAUAGGAUAGGCUUCAAUGUUACUUUAUAUUAAAAUGUAUGUUUACCUCAACAAUUGGAAAAUAGCAAGGAAAAUUACUUUGAAUGUAUCCAGAAAAAAUAUUGAAGUGUGAUACAACUGAAUAUUUACAAUUUAAAGUAGAAAUGGAAGGAUUUAAAAAAAAAAAAGUUCUUUUACUAAAUAUGGGGAAUUAACCAGAACAGAAUAAUUCUUUAUGUCUAUAACUGCAAGAGUUCUUAGUACAUUGCUCCUUGAUAAUUAAGUGAAAAUGUUCUUAAAAGGUACACUGGUUAAUUGAAAGCUACUUAUUCAGUUUGUGUUAGUGUCUAGAACAGUCAGCCACAAGACCUGUUUAGGACCCUGAAAGUCACAGUACCUAAAAUCUAUGACUGCCUUUUACUGCAUAGGUGGUGGUUGGUGGUGGUGGUAGUUUGCAAGUUAUCUCUCAAAACUGCUGGGAAUGGUGUCAUUCUAUUCACUAAUCUAGCUUAUAGGCUUGCCGUGCUGUUUGAUAGAAUGCAGAAGAUAGCAACCAAAACAACAAACACACAUAAAAACAAAAACAAACCAACCAACAUACAUAUAUAUAUAUAUAUCUCCACAAAGAACCUUCACAUCGUCUCUCCUUCUUUUUGACUCCAUUCUUGUCAGUGCAAUUUUGCUUCUCUUUUUGAAAUCUGGGCUGUAGUGCUCCCCUGUUUAUUUCUACCUCAGUUUUGUUACAUUUCUCCUGGAAAGUAAAGUAGAAAAUUGAAAGUGGACACACACGCUGCAAUACAGCUUGCCAAACAUACUACUUUGUUUUCUUCCAUCUUUCCCCAUAAAUCUAGUUUCCACAAACAUCAGUCUUUAUGCUUACUUCCAGCUCAGUCUACCAACCCCCUCAUGGCAUAUGUGGCAUUUUUCUUAAUUUCCCAUUCCUCUCCUGCUCCCCACCAAGUUGUUCUUUGUAUCCUUUAAUGCUUUAUGUGCAACUUUUCAUUGAUAGCUGGCUGAUGUUCGGCAAUGCCUCUGAAGAGUCACAGUGCAGGCUGUAGCUUUCCAAAGCCACUGCCCAUGCAUAAGCAGAACAGCCUGGCUUUUUGAAUGUAUUUUUUCUGUUUUUUUUCCCUCUUCCUUUUUAGUUUAGAGAUGCAGUAACAAAACUGUUGCAAAGCACUGGCAUUUUAUGUAUUCAAUAAGUGAUGUACAUUUUUUAAAAAUUUAAAUAAAUGCAAUGAGAAGCCCCAA